AUGCGCCAGGAGGCAGCUGCCCCCCAGACACAGACGCUCCAAAGAAACGGGGUGCAGCAGCAGCUGCAGCAGCAGCAGCAGCACGGUGCCCAGAAGCUGUACCAGCUGCAGCAGCAACAGCUCCUCCAGCAGCAACAGGCCCAGCGCCAGCAGGCGCUUCUGCAGCAGCAGCAGCUUCUGCAGCAGCAACGCCUCCAGCAGCAGCAGCAGAACGCUGCGCAGUCUGCGGCACUCCAGAAGACCCAGGACGCGACAGCUGCUAUGCAGCAGCAACAACUCUUGCUGCAGCAGCAGCAGCUGCUGCAGCAGAGCUUACGCCAGGCCCCCAACGGAAACCCGCAGCAGCUUCAACAGACAACGCAGCAACUCCUACAGCAGCAACUGCAGCAGCAGCCACAGCAGCCACAGCAUCAUGUGCUCCAGCAAAUGCAACAACAGACACAACAGCAACAAACAGCUCAGCAACAGCAGCCACAACAACAGCUGCUACAACAGCAACUGCUACAGCAGCAGCUCCAGCAGCAGCAGCUCCAGCAACAGCAGCUCCAGCUACUGCGACAGCAGCAACAGCAGCAGCUCCUGCAGCAGCAACAACUGCAGCAGAAGCAGCCUCUCCAGCAGCAGCCUGUCCAGCAGCUGCAGCAGCAGCAGCAGCAGCAGCAGCACGUGCAGACCCGCGCAGCGCCAUCCUUGUCCCUCAACAAGCCUCUGGCCCCCAUCCUUAAAGACCCGCAGAAUCUCAUAUUGCAGGAGCAGCAGCAGCUCAUAAUGCAGCAGCAGCAGGAACUGCUGCGGCAGCAGCACCUGAUAGAUGAGAAGCUGACCCGGGAACGCUCGCAGAAGCCACCGCAGCAACCGCAGCAGCCGCCGCAGCAGGUGCAGCAGCAGGUGCAGCAGCUGCAGCAGCAGCAGGUGCAGCAGCAGGUGCAGCAGCUGCAGCAGCAGCUGCAGCAGCAGCAAAGGGCCCCCGCGAGGCGGCUCUCUAUAGAAAAGACAAUCGAACACCUUGUGAAGGUUGCCUCACAAGGGAGCUCCGACAGUGGCAAGAUCUACGGCAGCAGCAGCAGCAGCAGCAGCAGCAGCAGCAGCAGCAGCGAGACGGGAGAGGUGGACCCCGAGAAGCUGGCGCAAAUGACGAAGCAGUUUUUCACUGCAGCAGGAACAGCAACUUCAGCUUUGAGUGCAAUUAGCAGCAGCAGCAGCAGCAGCAGCAGCAGCAGCGGAUGA